GUAACAAUUGACUUCCAUAGUAGGAAUAAAAAAAUAUGAUGGAAUUUAAUUGUUAUCGACGUCAACUGUGUGCUUACCAUCAUUUAUCAAAAUAUUUUCUUCAUCAUUUAUCACAAUACUUCCAAAAUAUUUUAUUCCUACUAUGGAAGUCAAUGGUCACUUUCUGCUGUGUUUACCAUCAUUUCUCAAAAUAUCUUCUUUUAUGUUUAUCAGAAAAAAAGAAAUUUAUACAGGUUUAAAACAACAUGAGGAUGAGGAAAUGAUGACAGAAUUUUCAUUUUAAAGUGAACCAUCCCUUUAAACGGUGCAAAUAUUUUUACAUUGUACGCUUUAGGAUCUUUUUAAACGUACAAAAAGUUUUGUGUUUUUGAAAGUUAGGUAUUAAUAAUACGUAUUAACAGUGAGACCAGGCUGAAAAAACAGAUCCAAGUAAAAAUGCUCCAGAAAUGUAAUAAACAGAUCCAUCUUGACUGUUUGGCAGGACCUUAAGGCAGAAGUCAAAGUUGAUACAGUAGUACACAUGAGGAUCAAAGGUCAUCACUAAGACUUCACAGCAGGUCGUGCAUCAGAACAAUGGUGGUAAAAGUCCAAUUAGCUCUGUGUUGAGUGUUGCAGAUGUGAUACUGGAGCGUUAGAUCAAUUAUUGCCACGGAGCAACCGAUUCUCCUUUCCUCAGUCAAUAAUGUUGGGUGAUGUGUAUGUAAUUAACAAAUACUUGAGUUUAAUACAGAGUAAGUUUGUGGGUCAGGGGUUGUGAGUGAGUGAAAUGGAUGAGGUGUUGAAAAACUGAAUCGUAGGGUCUCAGAGAUGAUAUAAAGCCAGGACGGCACUGUCCCAACUCAGAAACGUUCAGAUCUCUUCGGAAGACACAGCUGGACCGGGUUAUCUAUGUGUAGCAGUAUUAUGAAUGCGUCUGACUUAUCACAGACCUGUACUGUGGCCCUGCCGUGUACUACAGACAAUGAGCGGUCAUGUGCCAAAGCCCCUGAAAUCGCCAGUGUCCGAGUUCAGCUGGAAAUGCAGAGCUUGUGGCAGCAAUUUGACCAACUGGGCACAGAAAUGAUCGUGACAAAGGCUGGAAGAAGGAUGUUUCCUACAUUUCAAGUCCACAUCUCAGGCAUGGACCCAGCAGCAGAAUAUGUUCUCCUAAUGGACUUUAUUCCUGUGGAUGACAAACGAUACAGGUAUGCUUUCCACAGCUCCUCCUGGUUGGUAGCUGGACGUGGAGAUGUAGCGGCACCUGGUCGAGUUCACUUUCACCCGGAUUCACCGGCACGGGGAGCACAGUGGGUGAAGCAGACCGUCUCGUUCGACCGCCUUAAACUCACCAACAACUUGCUGGAUGAUAAUGGCCACGUAAGAAGAAACACAAACAAAUACUUGCAAAAAUGUGAGAGUUCCUGCAGAGAGUCAAACACACGUGCUUGUAUCCAGAUGAUCCUGAACUCCAUGCACCGGUACCAGCCACGGCUCCACGUGGUCUUGGUUGACAAGAGCCGAAACAGCCAGCAAUCCGCUCACCGCAACUUCUGCACGUUCACCUUUCCAGAGACCCGCUUCAUCGCAGUCACUGCCUACCAGAACCACAGGAUUACCCAGCUGAAGAUUGCCUGCAAUCCUUUUGCAAAAGGCUUUCGUACAGCAGAGCCUGAAAGCAGCAGGUCCACUAAUAACUCCAGACUUGAAUCUGCUCAGCUGUCUUUGCCGUGGAACCUGCGCGAGGAAGCCACCAUGAGAGGCACUGUUCGUGACGAUCAGAUGAUACGAGAUGAACAGCAUCUUAAUCGUUAUUCAAAUUUUCAUGAUCCAGGCCUACAGACAGCAUUUCCUGAAUCACAGCUGUCAUAUGAUGAGGGGAUGGACUGCAGCUCAGGCAGGAAGGAUAGAGAAUCACAUGAUUAUUUCUACACUGGCCCUAUGUUCUUCACAUUGCCCUGUCAGUGGGACAGUUUGGGCAGAUCUGAGAGAAGUCUGACUGGUUAACAGAAAAACUUUUGUUCACUUAAAGUACAUUUAGGGUGUUUUCAGACCUGUAGAUCGAUUGCUUUGUUCUGAAACAAAUGGCUACAAUGUUGCAAUUUUAUGUUGGUUCGCUUUGCAUUCACAAGGGAAUAUUUGCAAACAAACCAGACUUUGUUAAUACAAGUCACGUGCAAGUAAACUCUCCUUUAAUAUCCAUAUAUUUUCCGUGAUUCCGCUCAAAGUUAUCCGUCAGGAUUGACAAACACUUUUUUGGUAACUGUGGUUAUAAUACUUCAUUAUUUGGAGCAGGAAUCAAAACUUAGGUGGGGCAAAAUUCUUACCAUGUACCUAUUGCGGAGACGGGCAAUUAAAAGACGUUUUAUAAGGAACAGGUGCGCUUUGGUUUUGAAUGGCGUUGACGUGCUCAACAGAACCCUAAUGGUUAAAAAAGCAGUAAGAUAGCCUGUUCAUUGGUCCGUUGAGUCGGAUUGCUUUCACACUUAUACUGAAGUGCUCCAGAGUUCGUUUUCAAUAGGUCUUAUGCCCAGCUGCACUACUUCCUGAACGUCAGCCAGCUCCUUGUUUCCUGUCUGCCAUUAUUGGACAAACUGAUUAAUUCAGGUGUGCCUGACCUCAGUAGUCACAAACAAACUGACAAAUCCAGGUAUGCCUGACCUCAGUAGUCACAACAACAAUAAUCAGACACACCUGGAUUA